CUGGAGUUCAGACCUUGGAAGUUGCGUCCUUUUUUUUUUUUGAGGGCUUGAGAAGGGCCAGCCAUGCCAUCUCGCACUUCUAGUCUAUCCAUCCCCGCUAGCCAGGCGGAGGUGUCAGCCGUCGUAUGCUAUCCGUCUUCCUCUUCCACGGCGAGUAUCGUCUCCUCCGAACCCACUUCGUCCCCUGCAAGUAAGGUCUCAACGCCGGCAUCGUCACUUCCUUGCUCGCCUGAGAUCGAAACACGGUCCGCCAUUCGGAGCGGUCAUACCAAGACUACGCGUACAUGGCGCUGGUGGAAGACUGACAGGGUAUGGAGUUGGCGCCCGUGGUGGCAGAUACACAGGAAACGCAGAGUCGAAGCGGAAUGGUGGGAGUUAGAAUGCGGAGCUGCGUCGUCGUCGCCGUCGUCGACCAACGUCUGGCCGGAUGAAGACUGCGAUAAAGGCAUAGUAGCGGUCUCGUCCAAGGAGCCAGUACCGCCGCCAAAGCCGAUUCUGUGCACCUUCGACUUCGAAGACGCGACUUAUGCGUACGACCUGGACUUCGAUGUGUAUAGGAGGUGGAGGAAUAUGGAGACGUUGGUUGAGGAGUUGCUGGACAGCGAUGGGCUGCUGCAUGUGCAAUUAUGGGACGAGAAGGAAGGGAUGGAGAUCAUGGCUGGGGACUGGGAGGCGAGGAUUAGGCCGGGCUGGGAAGUCCGUGCUGUUUGUACGGAUUAUUGGGAGUCGUGUAGUAGCUAUGUAGAUAAGAUGAGGUGUGAGAGGGAUGAAGGGGUCGAGAGGGAAGAGUGCGAGCAGUGCGGGGGUCGAGACCAGGAUAGAUAUGAAGAUUCGGAUAGUGACGACGAAGAGGGGGAAGAGGAGACAGGAGAUAUCGAACUUUGUAUUGGGGAGAAGAGAGAGGAGUGGAGUUUUGCGUCGUGGAGAAGAAGGGUCGAAGUGAGGAAGCAGAGAUAUGUGACGGGGACGAGAAAUUAUUUGGUUGGAGCUGUUGGGUGGGUGGUGGUGCUUGGGAGUUUCUGGGUCCUCAUGUUGGUUUCUUCCAAGCCAUAG